AUGACUGUAAUUGGGACAUUGGCAGGAAUAGGUAUGGCCGUAGGGCCACCUCUAAUCUAUGCUGAUCAAGCAUAUAGUAUAGUUAAGAAGAAAGACUCAUCUGGUUUUUCGCACGAUGUUUGCGGUGUAAUCUUAGUUGCAAACAUAAUAAGAGUCUUCUUUUGGCUUGGAAAUAGAUUCGAAACCCCACUUCUUAUUCAGUCAUUACUGUUGAUUGUAUCUCAACUACUACUCCUAGCAAUAUGUUUACAUUAUUCACCUUCGUCGGAACCUUUAGACGAUUCGACGAAUUACGCUCCGUUAUCACCUUUACCUCUUUCUCCUGCUCCUACAUCAGGUCAAGGCCAUUCAAGACAAGAAUCAGAUUACCUAUCUCGACCUCCACCUCCGCAACGUCAGACCUCGUCCACGCCUGUAGGAAGACAAGGUGGGUUUAAAGGUCUGUUUGUGGGUGGGAAAAGACCUUUUGAGUUUUGGCAAUGGGAUGGAUAUGGAAGUUAUUUAGAAUUCUUAGCUGGUCUCAUCGUAACUCUGGGGAUAUUGCAGAUCAUAUUGGGCAGAUGGAUGUGGUAUAUCGAUGCAUUGGGCUUCGUAGCUUUAACGAUAGAAUCGACUUUACCGAUCCCUCAAUUCAUAGCUAAUUUCGGAAGGAAAUCGUGUUAUGGAUUCAGAUCAUCUACUUUGGCAGGAUGGUUCUUCGGUGAUGCGUACAAGACUGUGUACUUCUUCGUUAGAGGUUCACCCAUACAAUUCAGAGUUACCGCUAUAUUGACAUUAUGCUGGGACAGUGCUGUGUUAGCUCAAAGGAUCAUUUACGGGGCUAAUCCGCCUCGAGAAGGGAUAAACGAAUAUUCUUCGGCGCCAGUUCAAGGAGAAGAAUCGAGGGGUUUAAGAACAGAUGAAGAAGAAAGGCAAUUUUCAAUUCAGUAG